ACCGACUGCUCUUUCCUUCUGGAUCAUAAAGUUCAACCGGUCCCCCAAUUUCCUGUUAUCCUUAUCUUUUCCCAUUCUCAGCAUCUUCAUCAAGUUGGUGUCGGUAUCUGCCAGAGCGUCUCGUUCCUGCCCCUAGCCCCCUGUAAUCUAUAACUCAUCGGCAUUUGUCAAGUUUCGCAAACGCUUUUGCUACAAUGUCUCUCAAGAACGACAAGUUCCCUGCCUCCGCGGCUUUCGACGAGAUCAACAACGCUCUCAACGCCAGCGAGGCCGACCGCAAGGACGCCAUCAAGCAGGGCAACGCCGUCUUCGCAUUCACUCUCAAGAAUGCCGCUGGUGAGACAGAGAGCUGGCACAUCGACCUUAAGAACAAGGGCGCUGUUGGCAAAGGGUUGGGCGAGAAGCCCACCGUCACGCUCUCCCUCUCCGACGCAGACUUCGGCGCUCUUGUCGCCGGCAAGGCCAAUGCCCAGCGGUUAUUCAUGUCCGGCAAGCUCAAGAUCAAGGGCGAUGUAAUGAAGGCCACCAAGCUCGACCCCAUCCUCAAGAAGGCCCAGACGAAGGCCAAGCUAUAAAUAGGGAAGGGUGGUUGAGGAGCGCUGAUGGUCUCUGCAUGAUGAUAUACGUGUAUCAAUAUAUAGCUUUGUUGUCACACCAAGAUUCUGUGUGGAUGCU